UGCCGCAGCACCCUUCUCGCCGCCGCCGGUGAGUCUCGGCUGCCCCCGCCCCGGUGAGGCGGGAUGGGCAAGAGCUGCAAGGUGGUGGUGUGCGGGCAGGCCUCGGUGGGGAAAACCUCCAUCCUGGAGCAGCUGCUCUACGGGAACCAUGUGGUCGGGUCAGACCCCCGCACAGGGUCCCCAUCUGUGCCCUGCCCACCUCCUAAAGGUUCGGAGAUGAUCGAGACCCAGGAGGACAUUUACGUGGGCUCCAUCGAGACGGACCGGGGCGUGCGGGAGCAGGUGCGCUUCUACGACACGCGGGGGCUGCGGGACGGCCUGGAGCUGCCCAAACACUGCUUCUCCUGCACUGACGGCUACGUGCUGGUCUACAGCACCGACAGCAAGGAGUCCUUCAAGCGUGUGGAGCUGCUCAAGAAGGAGAUCGACAAGUCCAAGGAUAAGAAGGAGGUCACCAUUGUGGUUUUGGGCAACAAGUGUGACCUGCAGGAGCAGCGGCGGGUGGACCAUGAUGCAGCCCAGCACUGGGCCAAGGGCGAGAAGGUGAAGCUGUGGGAGGUGUCUGUGGCUGACCGGCGCACGCUGAUCGAGCCCUUCAUCUACCUGGCCAGCAAGAUGACACAGCCACAGAGCAAGUCUGCGUUUCCCCUGAGCCGCAAGAACAAGGGCAGCGGGUCCAUGGAUGGCUGAGCCUUCUUCCCCUUCCUUUCUAUUGCCACCUCCUCUUCCUCACCUUCCUGCUUCCCUCGCACACACCUCCUGCUGAGUCCUGUCUGGUGUCACGGAGCCUGUGGGAUGCAGGUGGCAGGAGGAACMAUCAUCCCAGGGCUGUGGAUGGUCCUGGAGGGUGAGAGGCAGUGGGACAGGGACCACUCCUCUCCCUGCCCAGCCCUUGCAGCUGUCAGAGGUGUGGCAAGGUCAGAAUUCCCUCAGUGACCCUCUAUGCUCUCAGAUGCAGGCUGGGAGAGGGGAGCAGAGGCACAGCACAGGCUGGCUGGAAUGUGGGGAUCAGCCCUGCAUCUGGAGGGAACAGCUCCCUCUUUUUCUAUUUCCUGAUAAYGUGAGAAAAGCCUGUUUGCCUCCAGCCAAGCAGCUCUCCCUUCCCUGCCCUAGCUGGCUCUGUGUUGCUCCCUGGCAGGUUAUCCCUUACCCUGGCAGUGUCUGCUGCUCCUUUAUGCACUGAAAUAUCCAGGCAUGCUGCCACAGGGAAUGCCUAGAGCAGGGCAGGUGCUGUUCCUGAGGGCAGGGUGCCCAAAUCUACCAUUCCAGCCCUCCUCUUCCUGAGUGCAGACUCAGCCAUGAGUUUGGAGGAGAUGGGACCGUGCUUCACCUGCACACCUAGAUCCUUGGAGGAGCUGGGACUGUACUUACCUGCAAACCUGGAUCACUGGGGGAGCUGGGACUGUACUUACCCUGCACAGCCCAGGUGCUUCGGGCUGUGGCAGCUCUCACUGACCACUUGUCACAGUGCUGCCUUCUCUCAGAAUGACCAUAAGACAAGGCACAGAUGUCCCAGUCCUACCCAGCAACACUCRUUCCCUUCAGGUAGUCUGGAUGUAGGAAAAGAAGUGAUGAAAAGCCCCRGUGUGUUUAUACUUGUUCCUUUUAUUUACUGAGUAACACAAUAAAGCGAUGAGAUUUGAUUAUCAAAAU